AUGGGAGUCAAGAAAAGUAAUAAACAGAAAAGUCUGACUCUCCAUUAUAAAGAUGUUUCUUUUUACCUUUUCAUAUACUUCACAGUAGUUUCUGGCUUAAAAUUGCAAUCUUGUGGCCCUGAAGAAACAGAAUUUGGAGGAGCUUGCAGAGCUAAAUAUCCACCAUCACCAUCUACUCCAGAUGUUGUAGCAGAGCUGACAGGGGAUGUUAUUUAUAUAAAGUGUGCAUUUGAUGUGUCAGGCACAAACAGCUCCCUUGGGUUCAUUGUCACUUGGUCCAGAUUAUCCCCUUAUGGAAUUAAGGAAGAGUUGCGGCAGGAAACGACAGUCCAAACAUUCUCAUUUAUAGAAUUGGAUGGCAUAAAUCUUAGACUUGGAGACAAGAUUUAUUGUUCCAGUUCCAGCUUCUACUUGGAGAAUCCUGAUGUGCACAGCCCUUCUAUUGAAAGCAAGGAGUUUUUUGCUGGACUCAAGCUCUACCCUGAGGUUCACACAAUAUUAGAAGAUGGCACAGAACACCGACUGAAAAUUGAGAGCACGGUACCCAUCCCGUGCUCCGAAACUGACCAGCAGCAACAUGACUGCAAGAUUUCUCUCCACCUGAAGACAGUCAGUCAAGAAGAUGAACAGAACCCAGUUGCAGACGUAGCUCUGUCAUCUUGCCAUGUGGAUGUGCACCAGAUGUCUUGCCAUAACAAGAUCUGUGGAAGUGAAACUGUUUACUACACAGCUGUGACAGAUUUUUCACAUGAUGGAGACAGAGUAACAGAAAUUACGGUUCAACCUAUACUUCAUGAGAACUUCCUUUGGAAUGGCUACACCCCAGAGGGUGCACAGAUUACAGUAAAGGAUCUUCCUACUGCUUACUGCUACUCAUUCACAGAUCCACAUAUUAUUACCUUUGAUGGCAGGAGGUUUGAUAAUUAUAAAACUGGAACAUUUGUUUUAUACAAGAGUACAAAUCGUGACUUUGAAGUUCAUGUUCGCCAGUGGGACUGUGGCAGCCUCCGUUACCAAGCUGCUUGCAUUUGUGGUUUUGUUGCCAGAGAAAGAGGUGACAUAAUUUCUUUUGACAUGUGCAAUGGCCAUCUACAUGAGACUAGACCACAUUUAUCAGUGAAAAGUCGUGAUGUCACAGGAGGCAACGUAAGAAUCACAGAAUCCUACCAAGGAAGAAAAGUAACAAUAUCAUUUUCUUCUGGAGCAUUUGUCCGUGCAGAUGUCAGUGAAUGGGGAAUGAGCUUGUCACUUAGGGCACCCAGCUCAGACUACAGAAAUACUCAGGGACUGUGUGGUUCUUUUGAUGAAGACCCAGUCAAUGAUUUCCAUGGUGCUGAUGGGAUUACUGUCCUGGAAAAUGCCCAAGCAUUUGUGGAUGAGUGGAGACUUGUACCAGGCAGCAGUUUAUUUGAUAAAGUACCAUCAGCAACUGGCUCACCAAGAAGACGACCAUACUGUACUUGCAGUGAAGACCCUGCUCUGGCACAAAAGUCUUCUAGCAAGCUUGAUACUUCCCAGAAAUCUGUCCCUUUAUCGGUUUGUUUAGGCAAAGAGGAUGUUCAACAUACAGCAUUAAUACCUGUCCUUGACAUCACAGCAGAAUACAUCAACUCUGUUGAGCUCACCGAAGAGCAUAAUAAACGUGAUACACCAUUUGAGAAAGACUUUUCUGUUUCACCCUUUGCUAAUCCCCAUGUGUACAGCCAAACCAAAUACGAAGGUGAUGCAGAAGAUUAUAAUCCUUCAGUUUCACUUUCUAGUGGAGCAAAUUCAAAGGAAAAAUAUGCAGGACUGAAACAAGAAACAAGGAGGUUUAAAAAGCAUAGUGAUCUUCCACUAAAACCUGCCUCUGAGAGACACAGACAAAAACGUCAAGGUUAUUAUGAAUAUCUUCCAUCAUUUCCAUUUCAGAGUCUAAGUCAAGAUGAUCUUGAGGGAUUCAACUAUUUUUUCCCAGAAGACCACACUACAGAUGGCUAUCAAGAGACCUUACCAACUUGGCCAACACCUUCUGGCCUUACAGAAUACAAGGCUCAAGAACUAUGCCAGCAAACUAUUGCUAAUUCUAGUAUAGGCAGCCUGUGUGCAAACUUACUUAGCACACGAAUCUUAGAUGUAAUUGACAUGUGUGUCUUAGACUUGUUACUAAAAGAUGAUCCUGGCUGGACAGAAGCUGGCCUGCCUUUGUUAGAAAAUGAGUGUGAAAGGAAAGUUCUAGAAGAUGGGUAUUCUACUACAAGAGACCAAGGUGUACUGGCUGAUGAGAUUAUUUCAGUGUUGAGGUGCCCUAAUCUCUGCAGUGGAAAUGGGGAGUGUACAGAAUGGGGCUGUGCAUGUUUCUCAGGAUAUGGAUCCUAUGACUGCGGUAUUCUGACCGAUAUGCUGCCUGAAAUUACAGAAUUAGAGAACAGUGGAUUGUGUGAUGUACGACUCUUUGACUGCAUGUCGGUACGAGUUUUUGGAGAAGGAUUCAGAGACUCCCCCAGCCUUAAAUGUGAAGUGACACAACAGGAGUAUAGCAAUGGAGAAUGGAUCCCUGGAAAUCCUCAGAUAACUGUGGCUACUUUCCUUAGCACCAGAGCCAUGGAAUGUCAACUUCCAUCUGGAAAUGUCCAAUCAUCUGAUCGUAUGGAUUUAAUUGAUGACAAACCAAUUUCAAGAUGGGAAGUAAAGGUUUCAAAUGAUGGCUACUUAUACAGCAACUUCAAAAUACUAACUUUAUAUGAUGGUACUUGCCAGACCUGUGACCCACAUUCAAAUAAACUGUGCAGGCUGAAGGAAGAAACAUGCAACAUAGAAGGACUAUGCUAUGGGAAAGGAGAUCCAAAUCCUACAACUCCUUGCUUGGUGUGUCAGCCUGACUUGUCAAAAUUUUCAUGGUCAGUUACUGAAAGCAACCAUCCACCAGUGCUUCAAAAACCACAUGAAAAGCUUCAAACAUUUUAUGGAGAAAACUUUGUGUACCAGUUCACAGCAACAGAUCCAGAAGGUUCCUCGGUAGUAUUUACUCUGGACUCUGCACCUGAAGAUGCCAGUCUUUCUCCUGCUGGACUGCUUAUAUGGAAAGCAAUGUCACAACUUCCACAGUCAUUCGUGUUCUCUAUUACAGAUGACUGCAAUGCUAAGACCACUAUAGCUGUAGAGGUUGCUGUUAAACCAUGCGAUUGUCAAAAUGGUGGAUCAUGUGUUACAAAUAUUAACUGGCCACCUGGAAGUGGAGAGUACCUGUGUGUGUGCCCCCUUGGCUUUGAAGGGCAGUUUUGUCAAGUAGUUACUGAUGCCUGCAGUUCUAAUCCAUGUGGCUCUGGAAGGUGCAUUAAUGGAAUAAAUAGCUACUCAUGCGAGUGCACAACUGGGCUGAGAGGCAAAAACUGUCAAGAAGACAUUGAUGAAUGCAAAACAAAUCCUUGUUUUGCUGGAGUGAUCUGCUCCAACACAUUUGGAUCAUAUCAGUGUGGCUCUUGUCCUGCAGGAAUGAAAGGAGAUGGGAAAAUAUGCAUUGAGCAACCCACUGAUGGGGCCCCUUCUCUGUCUAUUAUUGCUGAAAACUUUGAAGAUGAUUAUAUUUACUAUGAGGAUGAGGAUGAAGAGAUUAAUGCAAAAGGUCGAUAUAAAGAAGAUUAUGUUAUUCCAGAUGAAAAUCAGAUUACUCAACUGCAUAUCACCCAGAGUGGCCUAUCUACAGCUGUGUCUAUUUCUGGUGUUCAGCAACCACAACAUACCACACUGCUGCCAUCUUUAAGAACAUCUCCUGCAAAACAAAGUACCAUUCAUGCUGAUAUCACCUCUUCUACUUCCACCAUUACUAAAACAGCCACCAGUGUUCCACAAGCUAUGACUACCAGUGUUGCUCCUACUACAACUACUACUACAUCUGUUACAACUAUUACUCCUACUACUGUUGCUAGAACUACUACUCCUACUACUGUUGCUACAACCACUGCUACUAGAACAGUAAGCAGGAAGCCACUAGUUCCUCAGAAGGCCACCAUCACCAUUCAUUCCACUGGUGGUAGAUCACCAGUUUACAAUUCUACCACACAAGAGAGCAGAGAUUCAAGAAGGAGAUUUCCAUUAACACACAUGAAAUGGAAUACUUCCUCAGUAGGGUUCAGGCCUUUUCCAACUAGACAACCUGUACUGCUGCAAACUGGUGCUGACAGCCAUUUAAAAACUUGGAAAAUGACUACUGCAAAUGACAGAACUGGCAUUGUGAUUGGAAGCACAGCAAGAAAGGGUGCUGAAAGACCAUCAGUGACACACAGCAGUACAUCGGAGCAGUCUGUGAUUCCUGGUAUAGUGGAUCUGUCAGCAAUUGGCAAUGAAGAAAAUGUCACAAAAACAUCAGUCCACAAAAUAAUCACAUGUGCUGAUGCUCCUUGUUUCCAAGGUGUUCCCUGUGAGCCAACUCUAAAUGGUACAUUCAAGUGUGGACGAUGUCCAUUUGGAUAUUAUGGUGAUGGAAUCACAUGCAAAGCAUUUUGUAGGCACCCAUGUGGUAAGAAUAUGGAAUGCACAGCACCAAAUAUCUGCAGAUGCAGACCUGGCUACUCAGGAUACAACUGCCUGACUGCUGUGUGUCGACCAGAUUGUAAGAAUCGAGGAAAGUGCAUUGAACCAAAUGUCUGCCAAUGUCCACCUGGAUAUGAUGGACCAACAUGUUAUACAGCCCAUUGUGAUCCACCUUGUGAGCAUGGAGGUACUUGUCUGGCAAGAAACCUUUGUACUUGUCCAUAUGGUUAUGUGGGACCAAGAUGUGAAACCAUGGUUUGUAACCGACACUGUGAAAAUGGAGGAGAAUGCAUUACUCCAGAUGUUUGCAAAUGUAAAGCAGGCUGGUCUGGACCUACUUGUAGUGCAGCUGUAUGCAGCCCAGUGUGUCUGAAUGGGGGAACAUGUAUCAAACAAAAUGGUUGCCUUUGCCCAAAUGGAUUCUAUGGUACACAAUGCCAGAAUGCUGUGUGUAGUCCACCUUGCAAAAAUGGUGGUCACUGCAUGAGAAACAAUGUUUGUUCCUGCCCUGAUGGUUACACUGGAAAGAGAUGCCAGAAAAGUGUUUGUGAUCCCAUUUGUAUGAAUGGAGGAAAGUGUGUCAGGCCAAACAUUUGCUCUUGCCCAUCUGGCUGGAAAGGAAAAAGGUGUAGCAUACCUAUUUGUCUUCAGAAAUGCAAGAAUGAAGGUGAAUGUAUAGGGCCUAACACAUGCCACUGCCCAAGUGGCUGGGAAGGACUACAAUGCCAAAUUCCUAUAUGCCAACAGAAAUGUCUGUAUGGGAGCAGGUGUAUACUUCCAAAUGUGUGCUCAUGCCGUCCUGGGUACACUGGAGCUACGUGUGAAAAAAAGAUUUUCAGAUAUUUGGGCUGACCAGCACAGAACCUAAUUCAGCAUGGACUACAGAUGUUCACUUUUCCAAAGGGGAAGAUCUACAACUAAAAUACAAGACAUUUUUGUAUAAAUAUUUCAAAAAUUAAAUGCAUUGUAAAAUAUUAUUUGACAUAUUCAGUCAUAUACAUGACACAGAGAAGUUCAGAAGAAAUUAUGCAGGCACCGUAGAAAACUGUCCCAAAUAUGCAAUAGCUAGUGUCCCAAAAUUGGAUUUGUUUUGUUUACUACCUCAUGAUGAUGGACAAUAUUAGGUUUGUACAUAAUUCCUGGGUUUGUUAGAAGUAUGAUACUUUAGUUACACAACAGACUUUUGAGACUAAAUAUCCACUCAAGUGAUUUGCAACCAGUACAGCCUACAUAGCUGCAGUGGCUAAAAACAUUUAAUUAGUGUAUUGUCAUGGAUACUGAUGGGCACCAGAGUUCACAGUGCCUGAGCUUUUUCAUCAACAGUAUUAUCAAUGUUAGAUAUUUUGGGGGUUACUACAACCAAGAAAAAAAUGUUAACAGUCCAGGGGUUGUCAAGUGAAUAAAUUAGCUGCAUAUUUGUUUUGGAUUAGAAGCACAUGGUAUAAAUAUAACAGUAGGCAUUAAAUUAAUGUAAGAACUGACCCACUGUACUAUAGAGGUAUCCCCUGAGGUAGGAAGAUACACUGGGUUCAUAGCUAGUUUUAUGGUAGUCCUCAAGCCACGACUGGCCAGUAAAAAAAAAAAAAAAAACAUUU